AUGGCUACAAGACUGCAGCAUCUGCAAUUGCUGAUCAUCGAUGAGAUAUUGAUGAUUGGAGAGCCCAUGUUGCGUAUGGUGAACACGUGGCUGUGCCAUUUGUUUGGCGAUGCAGAAUUUGGAGGGAAAAGCGUCAUUGCUGUCGGCGACUUUCACCAACUGCGUCCAGUGAUGGCAGCGCCGGUAUAUGGAAACAGAUCCUGUGAUCCGUACACUGAAGCGUUCGGCAAACCGUUGUGGCUUUUGUUCCAAGUUUACAAACUUACAACUGUGAUGCGGCAGGACGAGCAGGACUUCAAAAAAGCGCUGACGAAUUUGGCGCAUGGGCAGCUUACACCAGCAGAUGAAGCACUUUUCCAGUCUUGCACAUUUUCGGAACUUCCUUCCGAUGCUGUGAAACAUCGGCCCAUUUUUCUAUUUUCAAGCAAUGCUGAAGUAGAUAAAUGGAAUGAAAAGGUA